GCAUGUUUACAAUGGUGGCCAUUGAUCUUCUCUUUUCCCGCGCUUUAUCUCUCUCUCUUUCUGCUUUUACCCUCCACCUCCAUUAUCGUUGCUUUUAAGCCUGCAACCUCUGUCAGUCUUUCUCUCUCUUGAUCCUGCCUUUUCUCUCUCUAGUCUCUUUCUUUUUCUCAUUUCACACUUCUCUUCCCCUUCAUGCGUAUCAAUUUCAUGAUCACAAUCACAAUCUCCAUCUUCUAAUUCUUAAUUUCUUUCCCAUCUCCAAUGGAUUCUCUGAAACCCAGUUCCACCCCUUCUUCAAAACCCAACAAGUUUACAAAAACCAUCCACAAAGUCCUCCAUUUCAAAUCCUCCACUAAAAACUCUCUAUCCAACAAUGGAUUCUGUCUCCUCAUCAAUCCUCACAAUCAACCCAACAACAACAAGAUCAAUCGCCACAGUUCUGAUGGAAACAAAGAAGCCUUCGUCGCCAAGCUUUUCGCUGCAAUUUCCGCCGUUAAAGCUGCUUACGCUGAGCUUCAAGCUGCUCAGUUUCCUUAUAACUAUAACGCUAUUCAGACCGCAGAUGAAGCUGUUGUUCAAGAACUGAAAACCAUUUCUGAAUUAAAACAGUCUUAUUUGAAAAAACAGAUUGAUUCUACUCCACCUCAUCUUACUAUUCUGUUGGCGGAGAUUCAGGAACAGCAGAGUAUGAUGAAGAUGUAUGAACUGACUUUGAAGAAACUGCAGUUAGAGACGGAAAACAAAGACGGUGAAAUCUCUUCACUAAACAAUGAGUUAUCUGAAAUUGUUUCUAAUAACAGGUUUUUAGAAAAGAAGCUGAAUUCAAGUGGGCAGUUUUCAGUUUUGGAUGGGAUUAAUUUACCCAAUUCAAAUCCAAACGAUUUCGGUAUAGUUCUUCAUUAUGCAGUAAGAUCUGUAAGGAGUUUUGUCAAACAAAUGGUGAAAGAUAUGGAAUCUGCAAACUGGGAUAUCGAUGCUGCGGUGAAAUCAAUCGUGGCUACCGGAGUUCAUUUCCAGAAACCGAAUCAUCGGUGUUUUGCAUUUGAAUCAUUCGUCUGUCGUGAAAUGCUAGAUGGGUUCAAUUCGAUUUGUUUUUCUCUCUUAAACGACGACGGCGGAGGCCGGCAAUGGCGUGAAAACUGUUGCGAUCAGUUUAGAAGAUUGAAAUCAGGAAACCCAAUUCAGUAUUUGAAACAGAAUCCUAAAUCUUUCUUUGCUAAGUUUACAAGGGCGAAAUAUCUUCGAUUGGUUCAUCCUAAAAUGGAGACAUCAUUUUCCGGCAACCUUAAUCAAAGGAAAAUGAUUAACUCCGGCGAGUACCCAGAAACGUCUUUCUUUACUGCGUUUGCUGAAAUGGCUAGACGAAUCUGGUUACUACAUUGUUUUUCAUUCGCCUUAAAUCAAGAAGUUAGCAUCUUUCAGGUAAAAAAAGAAACCAAAUACUCGGAAAUAUACAUGGAAAGUGUGACGGACGAGGUAUUCACCGCCGGAGACGACGGCGGCAGUGUUUUCCGAGUAGGUUUCAUGGUGGUCCCUGGGUUUAAGGUUGGAAUGACGGUUAUUCAGAGCCAAGUUUAUGUUUCCCGGACAGCAUCUUCGAUUAAAUGAUGAAUCUUGAUGAAUGAAAAUCAAAAACCGGGGUGCCGGAAAAAAUGGUGGCGCGUGGGAAGGAGUAAUAAAUAGUAAAGUUUUGUUUUUUAUAAUGUUUUUUUUUUUUGGUAUGGAAAGACAGAAAGACAGAGAGAGAAUCCAGGGAUAGAAAAAGUAGCCGUUUGGACCCACAUACUGAACUGGAUCUUGGAUUGUAGUUUGAAGAAUAGCUGUAGAGAGAGAAUAUAAAAUUUACUUAUUUAAUAUUGAGUUUAUUAUUAUGUACAACAUUUAGUAAUAAAAUAAACAAAUUAGAUUA